AUGCCGCCUUUCAUUCCCAAGAAGCGUCUUGCCGCCACGCCGCCACCAGACAAGCCAGCAACACCGCGAAAGAAACAAAAGGUUACAGAAGAUUCGCCAAACGCAGGCUCGACGCGUACUCCAGCACAGAAGAUUCGAAGGGUGUUCUCUUUGGACAGUGAUGACUCAGAUUCCUCCUUGAGUACCCUUGACAGCGAUGCCUUCGAGGAUGUGCCAUCGAAAGUCACUGAAGGGCCAGCAGCAUCCGCUAAGAGAGCUCAAGCGGCCAAUGAUGAUAGCGAUGACUCUGAUGAGAUCGAGUGGGAGAACGCCAUCCACCAUCAACCUGAGCAGUACGUGCCUAAGGAGCCCGCCAAGGUGACGGGCGGUGUCAAAUUCUCGAUCGAUGCAGAUGAUGAUGAGUUUGGCGGCUUUGCUGCGGCUUCAAACAAGAAGAAGCAAGGGCUGUCAAAGACCGAGAGGGAAACUCGCAUUGCUUCUCACCAGCUCCAUGUUCAGUUUCUGCUGUGGCACAACGCGGUGAGGAACUGCUGGAUAUCCGACAAGGAGGUGCAAAGAAUCUUGAUGGAACAACUGCCCGGUCAAAUCAAGAGAGAGGUCGAGAAAUGGAGCCGAGCGAGUGGACUUGGGUCACCAGAGAAGCCGAAAAAGAAGCAAGCUGAGAAGUCCAAGAGCAAGAAAAGCAAGCCAAUCAAUAUUAGGGAGGAGAGGGAUUGGGGCAGGCCCAGUCAGCGCUUAGAAGAAGGCAAGGCAGAUUUGAGCUCUGGUGACCCGCUCAUAUCGCUUCUUAAGGUACUCUCCGCAUAUUGGAACAAACGCUUUGCGGUCACAGCCCCGGGCCUCAGGAAAAGAGGGUACAGCACUCGCCUCGAACGCAGAAAGGAGGUCAACUCGUACAAAAACGACCCGCACGAUCCAGAGAAGCAUGGUGAACGGAUACAGAGCCUGCGGGAGUUCCGCGAAGUGGCGAAGAAGAGCGAGGGCUCACGAGAUGUUGGUGCACAGCUAUUCACGGCGUUGCUACGAGGACUCGGAAUUGAGGCUCGCUUGGUGGCAAGUCUACAGCCCGCGGGCUUCGGUGCCACGAAGGCCGAGGAGAUGGCACCAAAAAGAGAUCCCCCGAAGCCUCCGGCAAAUGUACCGUCUUCGUCAGAGGAAAGUGAGCCCAAUACUGCCGAUAUUGAAACCAUUAAUUCAACGAAGAAGAAGCGGGGACAGAAGACAAAAAGGCAGCAAACCUCUCGACAAGCCAAAGGCAAGCCAGAGAGUCCAAUCAAUCUUGACACUGAGAGCGACAGUGUCUCAGAGUCAGCAGAUGAGUCUGUCGUCGAUGUCACACCAACAGUACCCAAGAAGCGUCCAGCUCGAUAUGACCGUGAAGUGCCAUAUCCGAUCUACUGGACAGAAGCUAUCUCCCCAAUCACUUGCAAGGUAUAUCCAACAUCUCCUCUGGUUCUCGAAAAACCAGUGGCAACGAACGACGAGAUGCUUGGGAACUUCGAGCCUCGAGGAGCCAAAGCUGACAAAGUGAGACUGGUCAUUGCGUAUGUGGUUGCAUAUUCGUCGGAUGGGACAGCGAAGGACGUCACUGUUCGCUACUUGCGCAAGCAUAUUUGGCCGGGUAAAACCAAAGCCUCCCGUUUUCCAAUCGAGCAGAUCCCAAUCUACGACAAACGAGGAAAGAUCCAGCGCUACGAAGAUUACGACUGGUUCAAAUUCACCCUCAGCCCAUACGUCCGUUCUGAUCACAUGCGCACAGGCGUUGACGAUGUCGAAGAUGCCAACGAGCUCGUUCCCCAGGAACCCGAGAAGAAGCAGGUGGACAACACGAUCGAUACACUCUCCUCCCUCAAAGCAUCUGCUGACUUUGUCCUUGAGCGUUUCCUCCGGAGGGAAGAAGCAUUGCGCCCUGGUGCGGAGCCUGACCGAAUGUUCACUUCUGGGAAAGGCGACAACCUAAAGGAAGAACCUGUCUACCGUCGUGCCGAUGUUGAGCGCUGCCUCACCACCGAAUCCUGGCACAAAGAAGGCCGUAUUCCUAAAUUAGGGGAAGUCCCUCUCAAGCGUGUCCCAGUGCGGGCUGUCACACUGACUCGCAAACGGGAAGCUGAGGAGCACGAGCGGGUCACAGGCGAGAAGCAAUUACAAGGCCUCUACUCUUGGGAUCAGACGGAAUAUAUCAUCCCACCACCUAUCCGCGACGGGCUAAUACCUAAAAACAGUUUCGGGAACAUCGAUGCCUUUGUGCCUACGAUGAUCCCUAAGGGAGCCUCGCACAUCCCCAUGCGUGGCACAGUGCGCAUCUGCAAGAAACUUGGAAUCGAUUUUGCUGAGGCAGUCGUGGGGUUUGAAUUCGGCAAUAAGCGCGCUGUCCCCGUCAUACAGGGCGUUGUCGUUGCAAAGGAGAACGAGAAAGCGGUCCGAGAGGCGUGGUUGAAAUGGAACGAGGAACAGAAGAAAAAGGAAGAGGCUAAGCUAGAAAAGCUGGUGCUGGAUAUGUGGCGGAAGUUUGUUGUUGGCUUGAGGAUCCGGAAGAGGGUACAAGAGCAGUAUGGCGAGGACGUCGAGGUGGGCAGCGGUUCGGAGCUGCCGGCAAAGCUGAAGAUGGGGCAGACACGGGAUGAAUCUAUCGACCUGGAAGGAGAAUACGAAGGUGGCGGUGGCGGGUUCUUGCCGGAUGCAUCUGCGGAGUCCGAGGCGGCUGGCGAGGGAGGAGGUGGAUUUCUUCUCCCACAUUCGGACGAGGAGCUUUCUGAGCGGGAGGCCUUGAUUGUCGAGGGACAUGAUGAAGCGGAUUUCUCAAGAAAGCGCAAAGGCAAGGGAAAGCGCAAGGAAGACUCAGCUUCGGCACAGUACCCCACACCAGCAUCUAUGCCGCUCAGCACCUCAGCACGGCCGUCACAACCAGCAGGACAGCUAGCGAAAACGAAUCGAAGCGACAGCAAUGCACAAAUGCACUCUGAUAGAGGGGAAAGCAAACCAUCGAGCGCGCUAUCUAGCGAAGGAGAAGCUGAGGCCAGUAACCACUCUGACGCCUCGUCCAACGAUGAAGACCCCAUCGGCAGCUCUUCAGCGCCCGAGGACAGCUCCGAAGAGGAGUACAACCCCAUGUCCAAGCGGCGCGGACCCCGUACGCCAGCCACAACCGCUCUGCGCACCAGGGGCCGAUUGACGCGCUCAGGUGGCACGGUGCAGGACAAGCCGUCCGUGACUGGGAAACAACGAGCCAAUGUCGAAGUUGUUGUGCCCAGCAAGCCGCAGGUACUGGCGCAGACGCCAAGUCGUCAUGGUAAGAAGACAGAGGCGACGAGCCCGUACUUUGAGCCAAGCUCGACGGGACGGUCAAGGAGGUCACAGCCCUGGCCAAAGUAG